AUGUCUUCACAAGCAUCCGGCUAUCGAAAAGAGAACCCGCCACAAGCUCAUGCUCCGCACCGACUCAAAUGUACCUACAAAGAUUGCUUUCGAUAUUUUUCCAACGAGAAAGACAUGAUGAUGCACAAGAAGAAAGAGCCAAGUCACGAGUACUGUCACAAGUGUGACGUGGAUUGCGAAGACGACUCGGACCUCUUGAUCCACAUGAUUGAGAGUGGCAAGCAUAUUGUUUGUCCUAUGUGCGGACUGGAAUUCAAAAGUAACGCUGGUCUCGAAAGUCACAUCCCGCAGGCAAGAAAUCAGCGCUUCGAGCAAUCACAAAAUCUCAAAUGCGUUGGAUGUGGGGACAAAUUUGCCCGAGCUGCAGGAUUGAUGCAGCAUAUCGAGAACAACGAAUGUCAGGUCAUCACCCAGGAGGUUUUUGAACGCAGGAGAGCGGAGAAGGCGAUUUCAAAGGACGCUUGGGCAGCACAGUUGAAGCCGGAAGUCGAACAGCAAGUCCCACGUGGGCACAUGUCGACGUUCAGCGGUACCGAUGCUAGUACUGAGCAUGGCGGUGUUUCUCUCCUUGACGAAGAUAACCCAUAUGAAAGCAACAUCCGCAGUUCUCGGCAAGAUUACCUGACUCCUUCCCUGAACAUGCUCAGUCUUCGCGAUCAAUAUCCCACGCUGCAGAAUCUGAACGCUCCAAUACAAAAUACAGUGCUCGACCAAGAGGGGCGAAGCGAUCUGAUGUCAUUCAAGGGCGAUCUCCUCGAUGAGAACAAGAUUAACGUAGCAUCAGCUUGGAGUGCUUCCACACCAGCAGCGAGCACUCUUUUCCCCAAUUCAAAACCGCCUCUUCGCCCUACAAAGGAGAACAGUGACAUCUCGGGUGGAUUGGGUGCUCCCAGAUCAUCCCUUUCGACCGAUCCAAACGCCCAUCUAGGCACCAGACCCGGUCCCAUAAAGCCCGCAGCAAUCCUCGAACCGAUGAACCACUAUAACGAUCUGACCAAGAAAUUCGAGUGCCCAGGGAGGAAGUGUGGUGGAAGUUUUGACACUGUUGAAGCAUUCAACGCACAUCUCACCAGCAGUGCUCACGUUGGAGGCCGCACUGUCUGUCCAUCGUGUCUCAGCAAAUUCACCUCGACGAUGGCUUUGGUUGCACAUUGCGAGUCACCAAGCAAGCGCUGCAACAUUCGGAACACUGCCAACUACAACCAGGUCCUACGAGAGAUCACUGGUGGGCUGAUUGGUACAGAAGGUCAUCACAUUGACGGAAGUGUCCGAUACGUCGCCAACGAUAUCUCGCAGCCGGGGUAUUGGUGA